AUGGGCCUGCGAGGGCCCGGGCCGCCUUCCGCCGCCGCCGCCGCCGCCGCCACGGAGCUGAGGGCCGCGCGAGGCCGCCGGCCGGCGAGCGACGAGCGGCGGCGAGGGGCGGGACACGCGCGGCGCGCCGCGAGCCGGCGGGCGCCGCGGACGGACGGCCGCGCUGGCCAAUGGGCGCGCGCGCAGCGGCGCGGCCCCAGCGGCCUGGAAAACCCGGGGCGGAGCGCGGCCGGCGCGGGGCUGCGGGGGGCUGGCCGCGCGGGUCGAGGUCGAGGUCGCGGCGGGGCGGCGGCCCGGGUGGCGCGCGGGGGCGGGGAGGGGGGGGCUCCCGGCACACGGAGCUGCCCGAGCGCCCGCGGGUGGCACCGCGGCCCCCCCCCCCCGGCGGAGCGCCGACUUGCCCCCGCGGGUCCGCGCCCACGGCUCAGUACACGCGGUCGGAGUGUGGAAGCGGCCAGCGGGAGCCUCGGGUUCGCGGGCGAGCUGCGGGGGCGCCUGGCCGGCCGCUGGAGGUCAAGCCCCGCAGUCGGGGUGCGGGUCGCUGGAAAAGCGCGUCCUUCAGGAAACAAGGCGCAGCACCCGCAGGCCCAGGCAGGCGGCCUGCCCGCCGCGGGCCCCGCCGGCCUCCCCCGACGUGCGGUUCGCAGCCGCGCACAGGCCCGCGACGGGGAGGUGCUGGAGCCUCGCACGGAUGCGUGUCCGCGGCGUCCUUGCACGUGGUCACACGCCCCUCGACGGAAAGCCGGGUCAUGCCGGGUCAUGCGGAGCAGCAAUGGUAGGGGUCACACGGUCCUGAGAACCCCCCCCCCCAGGUGCGGGGACACUCAGGGCGCCAGGUCAGAGGCUGCACGGAGCCGCGAGCCCACCGGCAGCUCGGAGCCAUCGGCCUGCGUGCGAGGAGGAGGACCCGACGGCUCGGCGCGGGGCGCAGGCGGCACGGAAGACGCCCGCGAGGUGUGCGCCGAGCAUCCAGGCUAGUCCAGACGCAGGGGGAGAAGAGAGCAGAUGCUUACGCAGGCGCACACCUGGAGUAAGUGCGGACGCCGAAGAGCGGCAGGUGCUGAGACCACGACUAUUGUCCACGCAAUGGAUGGGAGCAAUAUCGGUGUAUAUGUCGGUUUUGAUCAAGACUAAAAACGAGGGAUCCCUGGGUGGCGCAGCGGUUUGGCGCCUGCCUUUGGCCCAGGGCGCGAUCCUGGAGACCCGGGAUCGAAUCCCACGUCGGGCUCCCGGUGCACGGAGCCUGCUUCUCCCUCUGCCUGUGCCUCUGCCUCUCUCUCUCUCUCUGUGACUAUCAUAAAUAAAUAAAAAAAUUUAAAAAAAAUUUAAAUCUGCUUUAAAAAAAAAAAAAAGACUAAAAACGAGGGACGCCCGGGUGGCUCAGUGGUUGAGCGUCUGCCUUCAGCUCCGGACGUGAUCCCGGGAUCUGGGAUCCAGUCUCACAUCGGGCUCCCUGCAUGGAGCCUGCUUCUCCCUCUGCCUCUGCCUCUCUGUCUCUUUCUGUCUCUCAUGAAUAAACAAAAUCUAAAAAAAAAGAAGA